GUACUGGUAGGGGGUGCAGUGCGCCCGUCACGACGAUGGAUCCACUGCCCGCUCGUGAACACCAUUAGCGGAAACUAUAUACCUAUAUACCUGCAUACACCCUGCAUCGGGUGCUUCUUGCUUCUCUUCGUUUAAAGCACACUUCUACCCGGGGUAAGUUGAGGCUGAGGUCAUGCUCUUCGUUGCUUUGCUGCUUACUGAAUGACCUCCUCCAUCUCACAAUCGUCUCCCGUUCGGCCCGUCAUUCUUUGUGCAGCCCAUCAAUAUUCUUCCUAUCGAUAUUCCUACCAGCGACAAUAGUCCAUCAUGGGAUACAGUACGUGGUUGUUGUUUGCCAUUGCGCAAGCCCUGGCCACUGUCGCACUGGCGCAAACUUUUCCAAAUACCACAUAUCCAAACGCUACCGUGCCAGGUAACGAAGGCCUCAAUAACGCAUAUUCGCCUCCAAAGUACCCUUCACCAUGGAUGGAUGGCUCCGGCGGCUGGGAUCAGGCCUACGUAAAAGCUCAGGCAUUUGUUCGUCAAUUGACCCUGUUGGAGAAGGUCAAUUUGACCACUGGUGUUGGUUGGGAAGGAGGACCAUGCGUUGGUAAUGUUGGCUCUGUUCCCAGACUUGGUUUCGAGGGCCUGUGUAUGCAGGAUUCUCCAUUAGGCAUUCGGUUCGCCGACUUCGUCUCUGCAUUUCCCGCCGGUGGGACCGUUGCCGCUGCUUGGGACCGCGGUUUGUGGUAUGAGCGUGGCUAUCAGAUGGGCAUGGAGUUCAGAGGGAAAGGCGUUGACGUUCAGCUGGGCCCUGUCGUUGGCCCGCUUGGUCGUUCACCAGCUGGUGGCCGUAAUUGGGAAGGCUACAGCCCUGAUCCUGUCCUGUCUGGGAUUGCUGUUGCCGAGACGAUCAAAGGAAUUCAGGCUGCUGGCGUAGUUGCGACUACGAAGCAUUACAUUAUGAAUGAACAAGAGCAUUUCCGUCAGGUUGGUGAAUCCGUCGGCUAUGGUUUCAACAUUACCGAGACGCUGAGCUCGAAUGUUGCCGACAAAGCGAUGCACGAGCUAUACCUGUGGCCGUUUGCGGAUGCUGUCAGAGCAGGCACCGGCGCCAUCAUGUGCUCUUACCAGCAAAUCAACAACUCGUACGGUUGCGCAAACUCAUACACCCUCAAUUACCUCCUCAAGGGCGAACUCGGCUUUCAAGGAUUCGUCAUGAGCGAUUGGCAAGCUCAGCACGCUGGGGUGAGCACUGCGCUUGCAGGAAUGGACAUGGCCAUGCCUGGUGAUGUUCUCUUCAACACGUACACUUCUUAUUGGGGCCCGAACAUGACGGUUGCUGUUCUCAACGGGACUCUGCCUGAAUGGCGUCUCGAUGACAUGGUCACGCGCAUCAUGGCUGCAUUCUACCUCGUAGGCCGUGACACCGCUCGAGUCCCAGUCAACUUCAACAGCUGGAGCACCGACACAUUUGGCUAUCAGAAUGCCUACGCCAGGCAGAACUAUGGUCUGAUUAACCAGCACGUAGACGUUCGUGGCGAGCAUACAAGAUCUAUCCGCACCGCUGCCGCCCGAUCCACUGUUCUUUUGAAAAACGUUGGCAGCACCCUGCCUUUGUCAGGUAUGGAGAAAUUCACCGGUAUCUUCGGCGAAGAUGCUGAAGACAGCAAAUAUGGCCCUAAUGGAUGUCCUGAUCACGGCUGUUCCAACGGCACCGUUGCGAUGGGUUGGGGAUCGGGGACUUCUAGCUUUCCAUUUUUGGUGUCGCCACUCACCGCCAUUCAGAACGAGUUGGUCCAGAAUGGCAGAGUUGUGCAGUCUGUGACGGAUAACUAUGCUUACAACUACAUUGCGGCUCUUGGGAGACAGGUCGAUACUGCCAUCGUCUUCGUGAAUUCUGACUCUGGUGAGGGUUUCAUCAACGUCGAUGGAAAUAUCGGCGACCGUAACAACCUUACCCUUUGGAACAACGGUGAGACUCUAAUCCAGAAUGUCACGGCUGUAUGCAAUAACACUAUCGUCGUCAUUCACUCCACCGGUCCCGUCACUAUCGGUUCAUGGAACGAGAACCCUAACGUGACUGCAAUUCUUUGGGCUGGUCUUCCGGGUGAACAGUCGGGUAACUCUAUUGCCGACGUCCUGUACGGUCGUGUUAACCCAGCCGGCAAAUUACCUUUCACGUUAGGCCGCGACCGUGCCGACUAUGGCUCCGAUCUCCUUUAUGAGCCAAACAACGGCGAGAAUGCACCACAAGACAACUUUGAGGAAGGUGUCUUCAUUGAUUACCGAGCCUUCGACCGUGCUGGAAUCAAGCCUGUGUACGAGUUUGGAUAUGGACUAUCCUAUACAACGUACAAUUACUCUGAUAUACAAGUCCAAAAGCACUCCGUUGGCGAAUACACGCCAACCACGGGUCAGACAGGAUCUGCUCCGGUUCUAGGAAACUACAGCACCGACGUAAAUGACUACCAGUGGCCUGCUAAUCUCACCUACGUCACUUCGUAUAUUUAUCCUUAUCUUAACUCCACCGACCUGGCCACUGCCUCCAACUCCUCUGACUAUGGUAGCGAAGACUUCCUCCCGCCGGGUGCUCGUGACUCGUCCCCUCAGCCACGCAUUGCUGCUGGGGGUGGCCCAGGUGGUAAUCCACUGCUUUACGAUGUCAUGUUCACCGUCACCUGUACCGUUACAAAUACCGGUGACAGAGAUGGAGAGGAAAUCCCUCAGCUUUACCUCAGCUUGGGUGGUGAGGACAACCCCAAAGUUGUCCUGCGUACCUUCGCUCGUCUAAGCAUCAAUAAGGGUAUGUCGGCUACUUUUGUUGCAGACGUAACUCGUCGCGAUCUGAGUAACUGGGACACCACAACCCAAAAUUGGUACAUCUCAGAACAUCCAAAGACCGUGUACGUUGGUCCAACCUCGAGGAAUCUUCCUCUCAGUGCCCCGCUUGACAUUUGAAGCUAUGCAACGGUAUGAGAUGCAAGUCCUGGAUUGAAAUGAUGUUUGAGCCUUGGGUUAUAUAGCGAUUCAGGUAGUAAUGUGAUAAAAGCGUUAUGUCGAAACUGUAGAAAUUCUGCAGUCUAGUUGUAUACCUGAGAACCAAAGUUAUUUUCAAUGUCCGUC